UACAUUCGAUGUAUGAACUCAAAAAUCUCAAACCUCGAGAACCAACCGCCAUUUUCUAAUCUUCCGUCCCCCAGCUAAAAUUUCUGGGGAGAAAAUUCUCGUGGUUUUUUUUAUUUAUUUAAAAUGAUUUUCUCUUUUUCAUGAUCAUGGAAGUGGACCAUCCUGGGCCACCCAAAACGUACACCGGCCUGAAUCACCCGAUAGUUAAAUGAUCAGAUGCGCCGGCGGUGCGCAUGGAGAUAACGUAUGCAUCGCCCAGCUCACCCAACCUUGCGGAGUCGGACUACUCGAUGCCGACGUCGACCCGGUCCGUGAAGAUCAUUCCGUUGCAGCACCCCAGCACGUUGCCGUCGUCUUCGUCUUCUACUUCAUAUCCGAGCGCAGUUCUCUCCAAAUGGACGUUGAAGCUGCAGAGCAUGACCUGGGUCCAGUGGAUCGAGCUCUUCCUCCCCUGCUACCGUUGGAUAAGGACUUACAAAUGGAGGGAGUACCUCCAGAUAGAUCUCAUGGCUGGGACGACCGUCGGUGUCAUGCUCGUCCCCCAGGCGAUGUCUUAUGCAAAAUUAGCUGGGCUUCAACCAAUAUAUGGACUUUACUCUGGUUUUAUGCCUCUAUUUGUGUAUGCCAUAUUUGGGUCAUCUCGUCAGCUUGCAGUUGGUCCUGUAGCAUUGGUUUCUCUCCUGGUUUCCAAUGUCUUAAGUGAAAUCGUUGAUUCAUCUGAUGAAUUAUACACAGAACUUGCAAUAUUGCUGGCGCUUAUGGUUGGGAUACUGGAAUGCAUAAUGGGGCUCUUGAGGCUUGGGUGGCUUAUUCGUUUCAUCAGCCACUCUGUAAUUUCUGGCUUUACAAGUGCCUCAGCCGUCGUGAUUGCGCUAUCUCAAGCAAAAUACUUUUUGGGAUAUGAUAUAGAACGGAGUAGCAAGAUUGUGCCAUUGAUUAAGAGCAUCAUAGCUGGGAUAGAUGGGUUUUCAUGGCCCCCUUUUGUAAUGGGAUCCAUAAUACUUGCAAUACUUCUGGUCAUGAAGCACCUGGGGAAAACAAGGAAGUACUUGCGAUUCCUGAGAGCUGCAGGUCCCCUGACAGCAGUCGUUUUGGGAACAACUUUUGCGAAAAUAUUUCAUCCCUCUUCCAUAUCUUUGGUAGGAGAUAUACCUCAGGGCCUCCCAGGAUUUUCUGUACCCAAAAGUUUUGGGUAUGUAACAUCUUUGAUUCCAACUGCUCUUCUCAUCACUGGUGUAGCCAUAUUGGAAUCUGUGGGGAUUGCAAAAGCAUUGGCCGCAAAGAAUGGAUACGAGUUGGAUUCAAAUCAAGAGUUGUUUGGUCUUGGAGUAGCCAACAUUAUGGGUUCAUUCUUUUCAGCAUACCCUACCACAGGUUCCUUUUCUAGGUCUGCUGUGAAUCAUGAAAGUGGAGCAAAAACUGGCUUAUCUGGCAUUGUCUCCGGAACCAUAAUGGGUUGUGCCCUUUUAUUCUUGACUCCAUUGUUUGAAUACAUACCCCAGUGCGCUCUUGCUGCCAUUGUGAUCUCUGCUGUGAUGGGUCUGGUGGAUUACAAUGAGGCUAUAUUUUUAUGGCGAGUAGAUAAGAAAGAUUUUCUUCUUUGGACCAUUACUUGCACUACAACAUUGUUCCUUGGUAUUGAGAUCGGUGUCCUUGUUGGGGUUGGUGUUUCGCUUGCUUUUGUUAUCCACGAAUCAGCAAAUCCACAUAUUGCUGUCUUGGGCCGUCUUCCAGGCACUACUGUUUAUCGAAACACUCAACAGUAUCCAGAAGCAUACACAUACAAUGGAAUUGUGGUGGUUCGGAUUGAUGCUCCUAUAUAUUUUGCAAACAUUAGUUACAUAAAGGAAAGGCUACGGGAAUAUGAAAUUGUUGUUGAUAGAUCUACUAGUCGCGGACCGGACGUUGAAAGAGUUUACUUCGUUAUUAUAGAGAUGGCACCUGUAACAUAUAUAGACUCCAGUGCUGUUCAAGCUUUGAAAGACUUGCAUCAGGAGUACAAAUCACGUGACAUCCAGAUUGCCAUUUCCAAUCCAAACAGAGAAGUUCUGCUCACCUUAUCAAGAUCUGGUGUUGUUGAUCUGAUUGGUAAGGAGUGGUACUUUGUGAGAGUGCAUGAUGCUGUUCAAGUUUGCCUUCAGCAUGUUCAGAGUUUGAAAGAAACGUCUAAGACAUCAGAUCCUCAGCCUGAUGAUAAACCAAAUUUAUUUCAGAGAUUAUGGAAACAGAGAGGGGAGGAUUUGGCAAUUGCCAACUUGGAGUCGGGCAGCCCGCAAUCGGAGCCAUUACUGUCCCGAAAGUCUUGAGAAUUGCUUGAUUAUUUUAUAUUUAUAAUAAAAUGCCAAUAAUAAAGUUUUAGAUCGAUUAUUGUAAUUAGGUUCCUUUGUUAUAUUAUAUAAACAAAUCAACUGUUGGCUGA